AUGCGAAGCUUGUCGAAAUUUUAUGCACCACCAGGAAAUGUAGAAAAAGCUGCAUACAGUUUGUUGAGGCUCAAAAAGGGUUCACCGAUUACAAUUCUUACUGGUUUCUGUGUGGCAGCAAAACUUGUGAAUAGUAAAAUGAUACCGGUAGCCGAAACAGAUGGCCCUCCUGGUGCAGUACUUGCAGGUGAAACGCUUCGUAAACUUUCCUAUCCUGUGACAUAUGUUGCUGAUCCUGUCACAUGUAAUGUCCUUCGCGCAUGUUUGAAAUCAAUCAAAGCCGUUGACAAUUGUGUUUACGAAUUUUAUACACGUCAUGAUGAAAAGGAACAGAUUGCGGAAGCGCAUGGACUCAUUGACCAGCUUAAGCCCAAAGCAAUGAUUGCUGGAGAACUCUGCAGUCGAAGUUGGUAUGAUGGAAUCCGUCACAACAUGAAGGGCGAAAAUAUUAACGAUUGGAAUCCGCCUGUUGAUGAAAUGCUUGUUCAAUUUAAAGGUAGAGGUAUUAUCAUCGCAGUUGGUGAUGGUGGCAAUGAAGCAGGCAUGGCGAACUUAAAAGAUAAUAUCCCGCUCGCAUCAGAUGACAAAACUAUUAUGGCGAGUGGGGUAUACUCAGACAUUCCUAUUACGUCAUGGAAUUCAAAUCUCGGUUUGCAAGCAGUUGCUUCCGUUGCUGCCGCGAUAGAAGGUAAAUUUGAAUUCAUUCCAACAGCGGAUCAAGUUAUCAAGACAAUUGAAGCUGCUUUGGAUGCAGGCGCAGUGGAAGGCGUCACUCAAGGGAAACAAGAUAAUUCUUUAAACGGAAUUUAUGCAACGCGCGGCGUGGACGGUUUUGCUCCUUAUGUACAUGCAGCUGAUCAAGAUAAACUAAAAAGUACGAUAAUUCAAAUGAAAAUAAAAGGAAUGUUAUAA